AGAGCUCAGCAAGAGAGAGAGAGAAGGGCUCUGUCUGCUUCAUACUUUCAUCCUCCCGAAGCUUUCCUCCUUGCUGCAGAAGAGUGCGUUAGGGUUUUGCAAUUCGAUCGGGGACAAGAUGGAUCUCGGCUUGAACGAGGAGCACUCGAUGGGGACGACCAUCAUCGGAGUCACCUACAACGGCGGCGUCGUCCUCGGCGCCGACUCCAGGACCAGCACCGGAAUGUAUGUUGCUAAUCGAGCUUCGGAUAAGAUCACUCAGCUCACGGACAAUGUCUACGUUUGCCGCUCUGGAUCGGCUGCAGAUUCUCAGAUAGUGUCGGACUAUGUCCGCUACUUCCUUCAUCAGCAUACGAUACAGUUAGGCCAGCCUGCAACUGUAAAGGUUGCUGCCAACCUCGUCAGGCUACUAGCGUACAAUAACAAGAAUAUGCUGCAAACUGGUCUUAUUGUUGGUGGGUGGGACAAGUAUGAGGGCGGUAAAAUCUAUGGCAUUCCUCUAGGUGGUACCAUCAUAGAGCAGCCAUUUGCUAUUGGAGGAUCUGGCUCCUCUUAUUUGUAUGGUUUCUUUGAUCAAGCCUGGAAAGAAGGCAUGACCCAGGAGGAGGCAGAGCAACUUGUGGUAAAGGCAGUAUCACUUGCAAUUGCACGGGAUGGUGCCAGUGGGGGUGUCGUUCGGACAGUCACUAUCGAUGCUGAAGGUGUGAAGAGGAAGUUCUAUCCCGGGGAUGAGCUUCCGCUGUGGCAUGAGGAGCUGCAGCCUCAGAAUUCAUUGCUGGAUAUUCUGAACGCUUCAAGUCCCGAGCCAAUGAACAUUUAGAUAGGAAGAUAAUGUAUGUUCACGGCAGAUUGUUGGUGCUCGUUGCAGUCCAAAAGUCUUGCCUUAAUAUUUUCUUAACGAACAAUGUUGUCUUCCGAAGAAAUAUAUGGAUUCCUCUGAUUUGUUCUCGCAUUUUAAUUCCGAGUUCGAGUAAAUGGCUUGAGGAUAGCUUGACCUGCUGAUUUGGAACUUUUGGGGCAGUGAGACUCCCCUUUUCGGCUUUU